AUGCCAGCAGGUAAAGUGGAUGUCUUCUUUCUGCUGUGUAGGUGCAGCUGUGGCCAGCUGGUGGCGCAGCACCCCCCCAUCCCUGCAGGGGCAGUGGAGGAGACGGGCCAGCUGGUUCAGUUGGAUGUCCAGCCUGCAGAGAGAUGGAGCAUCCUGAAACACACCCAGACCUUUUCCACUGACGCCUAUGGAGUCCUGGAGUUCCAGGGGGGAGGACAUGUCAACAAGGCCAUGUACAUCAGGGUCUCCUAUGACUCCAAGCCAGACUCUCUGCUCCACCUGAUGGUGAAGGAAUGGCAGCUGGAGCUGCCUACGCUGCUCAUCUCCGUCCAUGGAGGGCUGCAGAACUUUGACCUGCCCCCCAAACUGAAGCAGGUCUUUGGGAGGGGGCUGAUCAAGGCCGCAGUCACCACCGGAGCCUGGAUCUUCACAGGAGGAGUCAGCACAGGGGUGAUUCGACAUGUUGGAGACGCUCUCAAAGACCAUUCAUCCAAGUCCAGAGGAAAGGUCUGUGCCAUCGGCAUCGCACCCUGGGGAAUUGUCGAAAACAAAGAGGACUUGAUUGGGAAAGAUGUGACUCGUCCUUACCAGACCAUGUCCAACCCGCUCAGUAAGCUGUCGGUCCUGAACAGCAGCCACUCUCACUUCAUCCUAUCCGACAAUGGCACCACCGGUAAAUAUGGAGCUGAGGUCCGCCUCCGCCGGCAGCUGGAGAAACAUGUCUCCCUGCAGAAGAUCAACACACGUUUGGGCCAGGGUGUCCCAGUGGUCUGCCUGAUCCUAGAGGGGGGUCCUAAUGUCAUCUCCAUUGUGCUGGAGAGUUUGAAGGAGGAACCACCUGUCCCGGUUGUGGUUUGUGACGGUAGCGGCCGGGCCUCCGACAUCCUCUCCUUUGCUCACAGAUACUGCGAAGAGGACGGGCUGGUGAACGAGAGUGUCAAAGAUCAGCUCCUGGUCACCAUCCAGAAAACUUUCAACUAUAGCCGCAGCCAGGCGCAGCAGAUCUUCCAGAUGGUGAUGGAGUGCAUGAAGAAGAAGGCUCUGGUAGGACAGCAAAGCUCUAGCUGUUGCAAUGGCUGCAUCGUCCUGUUCAGUCCCUUCAUUGCUGCAACAACAAAUCUCCUUCUCAUCACCCUGACUGUGUCAUCAUUCAUCCUCCUGACAUCAGAAACCCUUUUUCCUGUCCUGUUCACACAGUAA